GAACGAGGCCGACACAUUUACUUAGAAAACGAAGGCGACCUCGACCGGAAGGGGGAGUGUGGACGGUGAAAAACGAUGACGGCUAGGUUCGGUGAAGCCGGUAACCAUCAAUUAAACAUGGCUAACACAGUUAUUGGCGGUCAAGGUGGCUCGACGUUGGCCGGGGUCGGCGGUGGGACGGCGGACGGGAACUAUGCGACCGCGAAGACGUCCGUGUGGUGGGACAUCGAGAACUGCCAAGUGCCGAAAACCUGCGAUCCGCACGUAAUCGCGAAAAACAUAAGCUCCGCUCUGGUGGCUAUGAAUUACCGGGGGCCGGUCUCCAUCUCAGCCUAUGGGAACACCACAUUGAUCAAUGCUGGCGUUCAGCAGGCGCUAUCCAGUACGGGGAUAUCGCUUAACCACGUUCCCGGUGGAGUAAAAGAUGCCAGUGAUAAGAAAAUACUAGUAGACAUGUUGUUUUGGGCUGUUGACAACCGACCUCCUGCAAAUUAUUUGCUUAUUUCUGGGGAUCGUGACUUCUCCAAUGCACUGCAUCAGCUUAGUAUGAGGAGAUAUAACAUCCUCCUUGCUCAGCCUCGUAAUGUUUCUCAAGCACUUACUGCUGCUGCCAAGACUGUAUGGUCCUGGACUGAUCUUCUGGCUGGAGGCCCACCAUUGUCACCCUUCUCUAUUACAAAUGAAAAUGGCUCAACUUCAGAAACUAGCAUAAAUAGUGCUGUAGAAGCAAAUAAGCCUUGUGAUUCCCCUUCAUCCAACACAGACAUGGCAUAUCAGAAAGCUAAUGUCAAUGAAAAAGGUGACAACCAAGUCAAAGGGAAGCAACAGGCACUGAAGAUCCAAAGACAACAAAGUGGCAACAAAUCCAGAAUCACAAGGAAUGAGGGUAUGCAGUAUCACUCCGGAAGUCUAAGUCUUACUGGCAUCACACAAAUUAGCCAGAUAGCUGACAAAACAAUAUCAAAUACUGAAGCUUUUCCCAAAGCUCAUACUAAUUUUUCAGAUAAUAACCCUUCUAUCCCAACACAAACACUUAUAAAUUCCCCUCACAAGAUCAAUGGCUCACAAAAGCCUGAAAUGAAUCAAUUAAAUGCUCGUGAAGCUACUAAACCCAGCACAAUAGUGCCUUACUGUACUAAUGGUAUGGUAAGCGUCUCAAAUAACUUUAAUGAUAGUCAAUGUCCUCCCCAUUUGCUAAAGCCACUUGGUACAGUUCAUUCUCGGCCCUAUCAACAGCCUGUGAACUUCACUUAUUCAACCCCUCCUAUGCUCAAUUGUUAUCCUCAAUCUACUUGGCAUAAUGGCCCAGUCUUCAUAAAGGGAACUCCAAGGCCGCAAACCGGAACAACUUCGGAACUGUCAAGCAAGAAAAAUGCCCCUAUAUUUCGCUCAUCAAAGCCUAAUGAUCCUUCCUUUUCAUUAGGAUCUCCUCAAAUCGUACCUGAUAUUAGUAAACUUAAUAUUGCUCAGUAUCCUAAUCCUAUUCAUCAUAAUACCUUUUCUUAUCCUACAGUUGCUAAUAUUCCACAAAGUAUGCUACCUUGUAAUCAAGAAAAUAUGCAAAGCAAUGAUAUUUCCUGGAACCCCUCUGGUCCUCCUGUUAUCCACAGUCCGAUGGAUACUAUCCUAUCGGCCCUCCGCAUAUUAAGAAAAGAGAAAAUGCCUCCCACAGAAGCUAAUAUAACGGACUGUAUUCGCUAUGGGGAGAUGAACAUCCAAGAUUUCAAUGUUAGUAAGGCCCUGGAAUUGGCUGUCCAACAUCAUCUUGUUGUCAAGCACAAACUAGGAGAUAACCUUUUUUAUAUUAGUAAAGGUGAAUCACUUUGGAAAUGUGUAAAUGUUAUGGAUAGUCAGAUCAGACAUUCAAAGGCAGUGUGUGACGUAGUUCUUAAGUUCCUAUCUUCAACUGAUGGGCAUUCUUCCAUGAUGGCUUCACGAUGCAUGUACGAUGCAGCUUCCAUACUCAAGCGUUCAUGUUUAAAGUCCCAGGCUUUGGGUGAAGUUCUUCAGAUACUGAAUGCAGCAAUCCACCAAAAGAAGUGGAUUUUACCUCAUUCUUCAGGUUGGCAGCCAUUGUCUCUUCUUUUACCUACAAUAGCUGUUUCAGAUAUGAAUGCAGAAGCUCAAUCUACUUAAAAUCUAUUAGUGAAAUUAAAUCGCGUUAUAUAGUCGAUUGUGGAGAGGAGAGUAGCGUUACUACUCUCUAUUGUGUAGUAGAGUUUAUGAUUGUAAGAACUGUAGUUUAUAGCUUCUUUUGUUCACCUAUUGUGGUAUCUUUUUGUAGUUAUAUAAGCUUUUGAAGUUUUUUGUUAAGUUCCAAUGAUGCUAAGAAAUUUAAUGAAUC